AUGGGGAGUAUUUUUUUUUUUGCAUUGUUCGUCUAUUUUUGCUGUUUCCUUUUAGGUUUUUCCCCUCCACAGGUGGAUCCUGAUGACGUCCUAACGAAGGAGGAGCAGAUCUUGCUCCUGUUGAAAGCCAAGGCCAAGUGUGAAAGACACGUGCAAGCGAAGGGGCCCCACGUGCCAGAUGGAUUUUGUGUCCCCGAAUGGGACAACCUCAUCUGUUGGCCCGAGGCAGCCCCAGGAAAAGUGAUCUCCAUUCCCUGCCCAGAUUACAUCUAUGACUUCAACCACGAGGGUUAUGCCCACCGGCAGUGUGACUUAAAUGGCAGCUGGGCAUUGGUGCCCAACCAAAAUCUCACCUGGGCGAACUACACCGAGUGUGCCAAAUUCCUCGACCUUGCAACCCCUCAAAACGACGUCUUUCAUCGACUUUAUCUGAUUUAUACCGUUGGUUAUUCCAUCUCGCUGGGAUCGCUGACAAUCGCGGUUAUGAUCUUAGCAUAUUUCCGACGUUUGCACUGUACCCGGAACUACAUCCACAUGCAUUUAUUUGUCUCCUUCAUUCUCCGGGCGAUCAGCAUCUUUAUGAAGGAUGGUAUCCUGUAUUCCGGCUCUGCCAUGGAGGAGAUGGAGAUAAUCAAGGAGGAGGAAUUCAGAUCCAUGAUGGAAGCUACCCCAAUCGAUAACUCGACCCUGGUGGGCUGCAAAUUAGUCGUGACUCUCUUCCUCUACUUCCUGGCCACCAGUUACUACUGGAUCUUGGUGGAAGGCCUCUACCUUCACAGCCUCAUAUUCAUGGCCUUCUUCUCGGAGAAGAAAUACCUCUGCGGAUUCACGAUGUUCGGUUGGGGCCUUCCGGCUGUGUUUGUCGCAAUCUGGGUAAUGCUUCGAGCGACAUUAGCAGACACCGAAUGCUGGGAUUUAAGCGCCAAGUAUUACAAGUGGUUUGUCCAGGUGCCUAUCCUCACGGCCGUGUUGGCAAAUUUUAUCCUGUUUAUCAAAAUCAUCAGGGUCCUUGCAACCAAACUCCGAGAAACAAACGCUGGGAGAUGUGAUACCAGACAACAAUAUCGGAAACUGUUGAAAUCCACCCUGGUCCUCAUGCCAUUAUUCGGGGUCCAUUAUAUCGUCUUUAUGGCUAUGCCGUACACGGAGAUUUCCGGAAUCCCCUGGCAAAUUCAGAUGCACUAUGAAAUGCUGUUUAACUCGUUCCAGGGAUUUUUCAUUGCAAUUAUCUACUGCUUUUGUAAUGGGGAGGUCCAAUCCGAGAUCAAGAAGUCAUGGAGCCGAUGGACUUUAGCACUGGACUUCCGUAGAAAGGCCCGGAGUGGGAGCACCACCUACAGCUAUGGACCUAUGGUAUCCCACACCAGUGUCACAAAUGUCACCGCCAAAGGGGGCACACCACUCCCUCUCAACGGGAAACCGGCCUCGGGCGCCCUCAAUGGACACCGGAAUUUGCCAGGCUACAUCCGGAAUGGGUCCAUUUCGGAGAACUCGUUGGCGUCUUCGGGGCCCGAGCACUACAGCAAAGAGGAGGAAUACCUCAACAGCUCCGGACUCUACAACGGCUUCAGGCCAGCUGCCUUGUUGGAAAAAGAAGAAGAAACUGUGAUGUAACAAAAGGAGAUGAUGGUUAGAAAGCCCCGCUUAGGGGUCCCUGAAGGCACUGAGGGUGGCAAGCAACUUCCAGUCAAUUGAUUCCCCAUCACAGGGAAUCAAUUUGGGGAGGGGGAGGUUGACUCUCCACCUGAAUUCUUUGCUACGAGAAACGGCAUCUGGCCGGAGUGAAAGACGGCAACACUUUUUGGCGACCCAGCAGAGACUCCGCGUUCUCCUUCCCUAGAAGGCAAGAGUGAACCCCGUUAUCUUUGGGGAGCACAGGGGAAAGGGGGCCAGAGGUCCUAGGGCAUUCAGAGCUUUUCUCCCUUAGGGGAACCAAAGGGAUCGUGCCCGUUGAUUGAUCCAGACAGGAUCGGUUCAGAACAAAGCUUUCUCACGGGGUUGAUUUGCUUUUUAAAAUUUGGUUUAGUGGGAGGGGGUGAGGAAAUACCCCAACCAAACUGAAUGCAUGUUUUUUUGUACCCAGACAGAACUUUUACCACCCCCUCCUUCCAAAGAUGUACUUAAAUUCAUGUUUUAAGUGA